AUGGCCGAAUUAUCAUCUAACUGGAAAAAGCUCCAGGCAAAACUCAAGACCGAAUCAGCUUCAAAGCCGUCCCUGAAGCGGAAAUCGGAUACAACAACGGCCAAACCAGCACCCAAAAAGCCCAAGGUCGACAAAGCCCCUGAAAAGCCACAAAAGAAGACCAAGGGACCACGCGCAACGGCUAAAGGGCAAAUGGGUGGCGUUCACAGCUCAAAGAUUGAAGACGAUUCACAACCUGGGACUUCAACAUCCCUCGCAUUAUGGGCGGAAGAUAACGACAUAUCUGCCGAAGCCUUGGCAGAGGCCUAUAACCUCGGAGCCAAGGACAACUCAAUGAUGCUCGCAUCGGCAAAGGACAAGAUCAAUCAUGGCCUUACAGAAGGGAUCGACAUUGGCAAAUAUAUUGCCAUCGACUGCGAAAUGGUUGGUGUUGGUCCUGGUGGUUACGAGUCAGCUCUCGCUCGUGUUAGUAUAGUCGACUUUCACGGGCGUCAAGUCUACGAUUCAUACGUGAAACCGAAGGAAAAGGUCACGAACUGGCGCACGGCUGUGAGUGGGAUUAGUCCGAAGAGUAUGAGAUUUGCUAGGGACUUUGAAGAGGUCCAAGCCGACAUCGACAAGCUUCUCAAGGACCGCAUCUUGAUCGGACAUGACCUCAAACACGACCUCGAAGCACUCAUCCUGAGCCAUCCAGCUCGAGAUAUUCGGGACACGGCCAAGUUUCCAGGCUUCAAAAAGUAUGGCAAUGGGAGGAAACCUGCGUUGCGACUCCUCGCGCAGCAGCUGCUGAGAGUUGAGAUACAAGAAGGGGCACACUCCAGUAUUGAGGAUGCGCGAGCGACAAUGCUGCUCUUCCGGAAACACAAGUCAGCUUUCGACAUGGACCAUGCCAAUCGAUUUGCGCCGAAACCAACAUCAGGAGGACCAAAGGGGAACAAAUCCAAGAAGAAACGAAGGGGAUGA